UUUCUCAUCAAAAUAAUCCAGCCCGAGGGUUGAUAAUUACCAUAAAAGACAAAAAUAACUCGAAGUCUGCACACCAAGAUGAAAACGGCAUACAACUAAUCAACCAAACAAACAGCUCAGUCCAUUAAGUUCACAGCUCGAGAGUAAACAGUCUCCAUGUAUUACCGGGUUUACUAUCGUACGGAGUGUAGGAUACGUGCUACGUGUACACAUACUUCAGCUCCAUGGCACGGUCAAAACAUUUAGUUACUGGGGAUUUUCUCAAUGUGGCAUGGCAUUUCUGAUACCAAAAAAUACGAUUCAACGAUUGUGACCACGUGGUUUUGAUGGGUAACGCCCCUGACUGUUAAUUACAACUUGACUAAGUAGACUAAUAACAAAUGCUAACGCAAACCUUCGAAAUCAUUCGUCAAACAACAGCAGCAGCAGCUCUAGAUCGCUCCAUCCGCCCUCCCACCUAGACUCGGACUAAAGCGAUACAAAGCUUUAUUUUCUGUUUCCUACGCCUUCUCGAUACACAACUUGCUUCCUCUUUGGAGUGGAAGCGGAGUUUACCGGAGGAUAAAAGCUCUGGUGAUGAGGGAUCAGAUGCAGACUGUCGAUCAGAAGUAGACUGUUGAUCGUACUGAAGCCGCUGAUAUUUGUCGGAGUCUAAUGUUCUAGUAGGUAUGUGUGUUAUAUGUGUGAAUAACUUUCGUUUCAUCAUAUAAAAAGAUGUAAGUCAAGAUGAACUGGACGAGCUCUGACUCCGUGUCUCCGACAACGUGGACCGAAGGGACUAACUGGACUAACUCUGAUACAGUGUCCCCAGCCGCCAGGACUGAAGACAGCUCGUUUUACACCACUUACAUUUCCGAACAGUUAUUGUCAACGACAAUUUACAAUAUUUCUGUGUCAAUGGGUGAUCUUUCCAGAAGCUUUACCACACCCAAGAGUGCCUCCUUUCCGCUCACAGCAGAAUACUUGAACGCUAAAGAAGUCCCGGUGUACACCCCCGCCCUCGUGUAUACAGUUCUACUUCUACUUGUAGGUGUUCCGGGAAACGCAAUAGUUCUCUAUGUAUAUUUCCAAAAAUGGGGUCGGAGUUCCACCAGGACUUUUAUUCUGGGAUUAGCCAUGUUAGACCUAGUGAACUGCCUUGUGACGUAUCCGAUGGAAAUCGCCCUCAUGUUGCGGCCGUUCCUCUUUGAUUACUCCGUACUUUGUAAAGUCACUCGUUUCGCGACCUACUGCUGUAACACGUCGAGUGGACUGGUUCUCAUUGCCAUUGCAGUAGACAGGUACCAGCGAAUCUGUAGACCUCUUCAUAAUCCCAUGACACCUCGCACUGCCAAAAUCAUCAUUUUCUGUGCCAUUGGGAUUGCUAUUCUGUUUUUAUGGCCCUCCCUAGUUUUGUACGGGACACAGAGUAUCCCCGUUACAAAAACGGCUAUCUUAAAGCUCUGUUUAAUUCAGGAUAACUUCGUUGCCACCAAAUACCCUUUGAUUUUCUUUGUGUUUAAUGGUGUAUUUACGGUGAUUAUAUUUCUGAUUUUGUCUAUCUUAUAUUCAUUGGUGGGUAUAAAAGUGUGUAAACAUCGCACUUUCCGCUCAAAGUCGCAAUCCGUGACAUCGCUCUCAGAUUACGCUGACGAAGACGACCAAUUUUAUUUGGGAAAUCAAGAAGGUUCACAGAAAUCCAGGAAAGAGCUUCUUCCCUUGAAAGGCAAGAGAUCACAAGAAAACGGUUCCGGAGAGGACGCUCCCCCCGCUCCCGGCGCUAUUAAACUUGUCUUCAAGACGACUUCCGAUACCCUGAGAAAGGCGCGGAAAUCAGUCUCAGACAAGCGACUGAGAAGGGUGGGAAAAACCACCAUCAUGUUAUUCCUAGUGACGCUGCUCUACGUCAUCUGUUUCACGCCUUUUCUGGGAAUUGCGUUUCAUAGAACCAUACAUAAGGAAAGUUUUAAAAAUCAGACGAAAUCGGAGAAGAUGGCGUUUUACGUGAUUUUGCGUUCUUAUUUGUUAAACUGUGCCAUAAAUCCAUUGAUUUAUUCAUUCUGUAAUGACCUUUUUAGGAAAGAAUGCGCAUACAUUUUCAAAAAGCUGUUUCGAAAGAACAGCCGGUGAGGUAGACUAAAGUAAGAAAAGCUACGAUUGUUUCAGUUGAUGUUGUUGCAUGUUUAUAAUAAAAUUAAUGGCUA